CUCUGGUAAGAUGGCUCCGCUGUUGGUCCCACUGGAAUGCGUUUUACACCUACAGAGAAGAAAAUUAGCUAUUUUACUUCAACAGACAAGUUUUUAUCAUGUUUGGAGAGGAGGUAACAAACCGAAUGGGAAGCAACGGAAACAACAGACUACUUAUUUGCUGAGCCCCAACCUGAGGACAGCCACAUGGACAGUCAACAGGAGUGACAACAGCAGACGUUUACUGGAAGCUGCAAAGCAUUUGCAGGUGACAGAUCGGACAUGUUGGCACGGAAAUGCAGGUGGAAGAUUAAACGCAGACCCCAAAAAUGUGUUGAAGGAGGUGAAUUCCCGGACCAUCCUGUCUAACAUGCUGUCCUACGUGUGGCCCAAGAACCGUCCUGAUCUACGGGCUAGAGUUGCCAUCGCCCUGGGGCUUCUGGCUGGAGCUAAGAUGACCAAUGUGAUGGUACCCUUCAUGUUUAAGUAUGCUGUGGAUGAGCUGAAUGGACUGUCAGGACACAUGUUGAACCUGAGCGACGCCCCCAACACCGUGGCUACCAUGGCAACCGCUGUUCUUAUUGGUUAUGGUGUGUCCCGUGCCGGUUCGGCCCUCUUCAACGAGCUGCGGAACGCAGUGUUCGGGAAGGUGGCCCAGAGUUCCAUCCGGCGUAUCGCCAAGAACGUGUUCCUGCACCUCCACAGCCUGGACCUGGGCUUCCACCUGUCCCGCCAGACGGGGGCGCUGUCAAAGGCCAUUGAUAGGGGCACCAGGGGCAUCUCCUUCGUCCUCUCUGCCAUUGUCUUCAACCUGGGACCCACUGCGCUGGAGAUGGGGCUGGUCUCUGCUAUCCUGUAUUAUAAAUGCGGGGUGGAAUUUGCUGCGGUGACUCUGGGUACUCUGGGAGCGUAUACCGCCUUCACCAUCGCUGUCACACAGUGGAGGACUCGGUUCAGGAUAGAGAUGAACAAUGCAGACAACGAGGCAGGAAAUGCUGCCAUUGACUCUUUACUGAACUAUGAGACCGUUAAGUAUUUCAACAAUGAGAAGUAUGAAGCAGAGAAGUAUGAUGGUUAUCUGAAGAGCUACGAGUCCUCCUCCCUGAAGACCACCUAUACCCUGGCCAUGCUUAACUUUGGACAGAGUGCCAUCUUUAGUGUGGGCCUCACUGGUAUCAUGGUGCUAGCUAGCAAGGGCAUCAUGGCAGGCUCUAUGACAGUAGGAGACCUGGUGAUGGUGAAUGGUCUGCUGUUCCAGCUCUCUCUGCCUCUUAACUUCCUGGGCACCGUGUACAGAGAGACACGCCAGGCCCUGAUCGACAUGAAUACACUCUUCACACUGCUCAGUAUUGACACCAAGAUCAAGGAGACAGAUCUGGCCCCUUCUCUCUCCGUCACCCCUCAAGAAGCCUCCAUCAGGUUUGAGGAUGUCUACUUUGAGUACCUGGAAGGACAGAAGGUUCUAGAGGGCGUCUCCUUCCAGGUGCCGGCUGGGAAGAAGGUGGCCAUCGUAGGAGGGAGCGGAUCAGGGAAGAGCACCAUUAUGCGUAUGUUGUUCCGGUUUUACGAGCCCCAGAAGGGAAACAUCUACAUCGCUGGACAGAACAUCAGAGACGUUGGACUGGACAGCCUGCGACGGGCCGUAGGGGUGGUACCACAGGAUGCAGUGCUCUUCCACAACACCAUCUUCUACAACCUUCAGUACGGGAACAUCAACGCCACGCCAGAGGAGGUGUACCAGGUGGCACGGCUGGCAGGGAUCCACGACGCCAUCCUCAGGAUGCCCCACGGAUACGACACUCAGGUCGGCGAGAGGGGACUCAAACUGUCAGGUGGGGAGAAGCAGCGUGUGGCCAUAGCCAGGGCCAUACUGAAGAACCCUCCUAUCCUGCUGUAUGAUGAAGCUACCUCCUCACUGGACUCUAUCACUGAGGAGAACAUUCUGAAUUCCAUGAAGGGUCUGGUCCAGAACCGGACGUCGGUGUUCAUCGCUCACAGACUGUCCACCAUCGUAGACGCAGACGAGAUCAUCGUACUCAACAAGGGUAAGAUAGCAGAGCGAGGGGACCACCACUCUCUCCUGGCUACUCCAGGAUCUCUGUAUGCUGACCUGUGGAACACUCAGAACAGUAAGAUACUGAACAUUAAGAACAGCCCGGUGGAACUGCAGCCAGAGAGACUCAGCCAGAAGGAAGAGGAGAGGAAGAAACUACAGGAGGAGAUCAUGAACAGUGUCAAGGGCUGUGGGAACUGCUCCUGUUGAGGAGAGACCAGGAGGUGCCACCUCACUCAAUACCUGUCCUCCCUUCCUCCUCCUCCGUCCACUGACAACCUGCGCUCAGUACUUUAUGUUACACCGCUCUCCAUCUCACCCCUGCCACGCCAAACCCCUCCCCCAGCUCCUCCCGGGAAGUUGAUUGGUGCCCGAAGAGGAGACGUGAGGAGCAAGGCUGUCUGCCAUUGGCUAAUGUCUGCAGAGAGGCAAUGUUCGUCUGCCAAUCCUCUCCUCAAACCAAGCAUAAGAGACCUUGUAUAGGAUGAUGACAUCGUGCUGUAUAGGAUGAUGACAUCGUGCUGUAUAGGAUGAUGACGUCGUGCUGUAUAGGAUGAUGGCGUCGUGCUGUAUAGGAUGAUGGCGUCGUGCUGUAUAGGAUGAUGGCGUCGUGCUGUAUAGGAUGAUGGCGUCGUGCUGUAUAGGAUGAUGGCGUCGUGCUGUAUAGGAUGACAUCAUGUAAGAACAUUACUGAUCAACAUGAGGAGUCUGUUUCAUUCUGAAUAUUUGUACCAAAUGCCACCCUAGGCCCUGGUCUGAAGUAGUGCACUAUAUAGGGAAAAGGGUGCCUUUUGGGAUAAAACCGGAGGUAUUUGGAUUAGGUAUUUCUGACCGCGUUCUCCUGUAGGAAGAUGGAUGCCUUGAUGUUGAUUUGAAUACAUUUUUAACUAGUUCUUCCAUAUGGUUGGGAAGUGUAGGUAGGUGUUUUUAUAUUAAGGAUUUGUAUAUAUCUCUAUAUCAGGGUUAAAAGGCUUCUGACUCAAAUUAGACACACAUUGUCCAGGUAUAUCUAUCGCUAUAAAAAUGACCUUUACUUGGUGGGUGGUUCAAUCUUUUAGAAGGUUUCACCAAGAACAGAAAACACACACACGCCUAGCUAAAGAUAAUUUAUUACAAAUAAUUAAUAUUAGACUGCAUCAUUAAAAGUCCUGUUUUAUUGAGUAGAGAUCUUUAUCAGAGAACAUGACGUAUGUUGAAGACUGGCUGGCUAUAGUUUUGUUUUUGACUGAAGAGUCCUAUCUGUUUUUAAUUGAGGGGUAUAUUGGUACGUGUGUUGUUAGGCCAAUAGCCAAUACAAUCUCUUUUAACACCGGCUUCCAGGGCAUUAUCACUUUUUUAUACACAACGGGGUUACCAACCUAUUGAAAUAAUAAUUGACAUAUUUUCAUUCAAAAUGUUAUUUCGAUGAAUUCAUUCAUACUAUUUCAAACUUCCAUAAGAUAAAGUCCCGACACAUAUCUCGGGUUGCUACCCCAAGCGGACUGGUCGUUCUUAUUCUAUUGGUUCUUAUUCCUUGCUAGUUAGCCAACUAUGGCUAACUUACUGUCACGUCAAACAGAGCAGACAGAAUAACAAUUGUAGCUGCAUUUGUUUAAGCUGUUUUCUAGUGACAUGUAGUUGGAUACAUCAAUAACAAUGAGCUAAUGAGGUGGGAUUUCACCUGGCAUAGAAAAUGUGGUCUCUCAACAACACAUCUUACACAAUCACUUGAAAAUGUCGGACAGACAAAGUUUUAUACAAACGUCCACUGUUGAAAACUACAUUUUAGUCUAAAAGAAAUGAGAGAUAAUGUCUCGAUGCUUUUUAUAGUGGAGAUCAAGUAUAUAAAUUGCCUGGCUGUGCUGAUGAGACAGUGGAUUGGUGCAGUCAGAUGGAACAGAGUAAAUAGGCAUUUCAACGUCAUAGAUUUAGCCGGUGGUAACUUCUGGAAUAAACACCAGCUGGAAUCUGGUUUUAAAUUCGGAUUAGACCCACCCGUUGUAUAGUACUACAUUGAUCACAGCUUUUGAGUUUUGAAUAAAGCUAGUCUGAAGAAGCUGAGGACAUUCUAUUCACAAUUAAUUUCUACCUUUUACUUAAAUGCACACUUAUGGUAUCUUUUGGAUUGUCUAACAACUAUGUUCUAGAUUUAAAGAUUGUCUGACAAUGGUCUGAUAUUCACAUGGGUUAGGUAUUGUAUUGCCUUGUUAUUUGAGGGGAGCUUUUUGGUCAGAUCAGUGCCCAUGUUGCAUGAUGUCGUCAUGUACAGUUUGUUAGAACAGAAUACCAGUUGGGCUUGUUGUACAGCAGUAAUGUGUAUAAUUCUAUAAAAGCACUGGAGAAAGACAAAGAGCAGUGACGUUCUUGUGCCUAUAGUAUAUUGUUCCUAUGAUCUGUCAGUCAAUAAAGGGGAUGUCUUUCUUAA